AUGGGGUUAUUCAUCUUCUUUUCUACUGUACUUGCUCUCCUUUUCAUCGUCGAGCCUUGUGCUCGAUACCUCUGGGACCCUCAGAACCUGCGUCGUUUCCCAUCCCACAAUGCUCUCUCUGGUAUCACCAAUCUUGGCUAUAUCAUAGAGCGCUGCCGCGGUUUUCGUUCCAGGGAUCUCCACGAGGCACACAAAAAGCACAGGGUAGUCCGCAUCGGCCCAAGUUCCCUAUCAUUCUCUUCUCCUGAAGCCAUCCAGUCCAUCUAUGGCCACUCCACCAAAUGCAUCAAAGGCGACAUGUACGCUGCUCCUGCAGGUCCCCACGCCAGUCUUCUAGACGUCAUAGACAAGGAGGCGCAUGCUCGCAAGCGCCGCUACAUGUCCCAUGCACUUGCUACUCGCAAUCUAGAGACAUGGGAGGACAAGGUUGCCGAUAAGGUCAGGAGGCUCAUCCAUCAGUUUGAUCGCAUCUGUGAUGAAGCUGCAUCGUCAACGAGCACCAAGGCCGGAACUGUCAACUUCCGCAAGUGGACCAACCUGUUCACCGUCGAAGCCAUCGUGGACAUUGCUUUGAGUCACAAGCUCGGAUGUCUUGAUCGCGGGGAUGAUCAAGUCACCAUCACGACCGCUAAUGGCCAUGUGAAGCAAAUCCACUACAUCGAAUGCCUUCACGCGGGAAAACGUGCAACCUCGACGCUCGUGUGGGCUACCUCCUGGUUCCGCUUCCUGCGAGCUAUUCUGACUCUUUUCCCUGGAUGGUUCCGCUUCCAGUGGUCUAAAGCGAGCCAGUUUGAUGACAUGGUUCAUCAUCUCACGAGGGUCCGAGUCGAGCGUCACCGAAACGGCGAGCACUUGGACGACAUAGUCCGAUGUCUCAUUGAGGAUAAGAAUGGUGAACUUCGCGGCCUCGAUAUUGGCGAGAUAGAAGCUGAAGUUGGUGUCCUACUUGAUGCCGGCUCCGAUACGACCGCGAUCGCCUUGACUCAUGUCAUGUACAAUCUCCUUCGCCAUCCCAAAGUGCUUCAGCGAUUGCGGGAUGAGUUGGAGGAGGCCCUGGACGAUGGUAGCCCCGUUGCUUCGUAUGGUCAAGUCAAGAACUUGCCAUAUCUACGAGCCUGUCUUGAUGAGUCCUUGCGUCUUUUGCCCCCAGUCUCAUUCGGCUUGAACCGCAAGACUGGUCCGGGAGGCGUAACCAUCGAUGGCCAAUGGAUCGAUGAAGGAAUAACUGUUGGGGUCCCAGCUUAUACGGCUCAUCGCAACCCCAAGCUGUUUCCCGAUCCAGAGCGUUACUAUCCCGAGCGAUGGCUGGAGGAAAUGCACAAGGACGCCAAGACAUCUUUUAUACCAUUCAGUACCGGAGCUCGAGGCUGCAUUGGUCGCAAUAUCACAUACAUGGAGCAGAUGAUACUCGUAGCCUCACUCGUUCAGCGCUACGAUUUCGUACUGCCUCAUGAUGACUGGGAGUUGAGUCAUGAGGAGGCAUUCAACCUUUGGCCGGGACCUAUGCCCUUGAGCAUUUCAAAGAGAUAA